AUGUCACAGCUCGAAGCCCUGCAGAACCAGGAGCUCGCCGAAGAAAUCGAAGCCAUCAAUGCCAUCUACGAGCCCAACACCGUGACUGUGAGCCGCACCGCGACGACCGCCGCAACGAACCACACCCUUGACCUGGGGAAUGCCGGAUCCCCGAAUGAUAACAAUGCAUACACCGCAACCGUAGCGCUCCAGAUUCCCAAUCAGCCGCAUCUUUCGUUUCUGCUUGGCUUCUUGGCUUCAUACCCCGAAACCCGGCCUGUCGUGCUGGGGACGGCGUCCACCGCGGCGCGCGGUGAGGGGAAGAUCGCGGUCGAUGUGUUGCAGGAUAUUGUGCAGCGGACAUGGCAAUCUGGAGCAGUCUGUCUCUUCGAUGUUAUCAGUGAGGCGGUGGAGACGUUUCCGGAGUUGAAAAUUGGUGGAAGUAAAGACGACGGACUGGGAGAUACUACGCCAGCAGCAGAUGAAGCAGCUUCGGCUCAAAUUCCUUCCACCAGUGAAUCAGCAGCGACCAUACCCGCUGAAGAGUUUGCCGCGCUGUCUCUGCGAGAUACAUUCGGGCUCGACCACCCACCAGCUUGGAUCCUUUCCGACGUGGUGACAGAGAAGAAAUCCGUGUUUUUGGGUCGCGCCGCCCGCGUCGAGAGUCUAGAGCAUGCACAAGCGUUUCUGGACCAUCUCACCGCGACAGAUCGAAAAGUCGCUGCGGCAACGCACAAUAUCAGUGCCUGGCGCAUCCGGCAUAAGAAAGCUGGUGCCCCGAAUGGAGAAGCAGAGACUGUCGUCCAGGACUAUGAUGAUGAUGGGGAGACGGCUGCUGGUGGUCGUUUACUCCAUGUCAUGCAGUUGAUGGAUGUAUGGAAUGUGGUCGUGGUUGUCACGCGGUGGUAUGGCGGGAUUCAUCUUGGACCGGCGAGGUUUCGCUUGAUCAAUGAUGUUGGUCGUGAUGCCCUGGUUAAGGCGGGCUUCACUAAGGAAGAUAAUGCCCCAACGGGAAGCGCCGAGAAGGGCAAGAAGAAGAGCAAGAAGUGA